AUGGGCCUCUUCAUCAUGAUCAUGGUCAUUGCCAUUUUAGUUGCAUCAUCACGGUCCGAUCAAUCAGAUGUCCUCACUCCUCUUUGCAUCAGCGAAUGCUCCACGUGUCCCACCAUUUGCUCUCCACCGCCCUCCAAACCCUCUUCCUCCACGUCACCACCUCCGUCUCCUUCAUUGCCGCCAUCCUCUCCGCCACCGCCACACAAACGCUCUCCACCACCGCUUUCACAAUCGCCGCCGCCGCCGUUAAUCACCGUCAUCCAUCCGCCACCACCACGAUUUUACUAUUUUCAGUCGACACCACCGCCACCACCAAUUGCUUCAGAUGUGAAAGGCUCGCCACCAUCACCGCCAUCGCCAAAGGGACAGUCACAGGGGCAGCAGCAGCAGCCUUCUUACCCAUUUCCUUAUUUCUAUUUCUACACCGCAUCAGAUGCCACUAUUCUCUUUUCUUCAUCUUUUUUGAUUUCUCUGUUUAUACUUUUUCUAUCUGUUUUUCUUAACGCUUCGUUAGUGUAA